AUGUCUGCCAACAGCCCCCAACCUAUCGGGACCACCACACAAGCCGCACAGGACUCUACCCGCGAAGCCGUCUACCUCCCGCCUUCCGACCUUGCCGUCAAGUACAAUAAAGGUAUCCAGCGGCCUUAUGCGAUCCAGCAACAUCCUAGUGCUUCCCAGCCUGGGUCCACAAAGAUCAAGAAGAUCGAAAACUUCUAUGUGAGGCCGCGAUGGCUGUUCGUGAGGGUCGAGACCGAGGGAGGGGUCGUCGGCUGGGGAGAGGGCACGCUUGAAGGUCAUACAGAGGCAGUUCAGGGGAGCUUGAGGGACAUCUCCAGAAGGCUUGUCGGGUGGGAUGCGAUGAACAUUGAAGAGAUCUACACCUAUCUCUAUCGACACCGUUUCUACCGAGGUGGCGAGGUACUCAUGUCGGCCAUUAGUGGUGUAGAUAUCGCGCUCUGGGAUAUCAAAGGCAAGGUCCUCGGUGUGCCCGUCUUCGAGCUGCUCGGCGGCAAGGUCAGGGAGAGGUGCGAUGUCUAUGGCUGGGUUGGAGGUGACAGACCCUCAGAUGUGGUUGCCCAAGCCAAAGUACGAAAGGAGCAAGGUUUCACGCGUGUCAAGAUGAAUGCGACCGAGUCUGUCAACUGGCUCGACUCGCCUCACGCCUUGGAUGAGACUAUCCAGAGGCUUGCGGAGGUGAAAGCUAUCGGGAUUGAUGCUGGUCUCGAUUUCCACGGCCGAGUACACAAGGGCAUGGCCAAGCAGCUCGCUGCCGGUCUCGAACCCCAUCGUCCGCUCUUUAUCGAAGAACCUCUUCUUCCUGGACUUGUCAACGAGCUCAAGGACUUGUACAACAAGAUCAACAUCCCCAUAGCUCUCGGCGAACGUCUCUUCACUCGACUCGACGUGAGGCCGUACCUGGAAGCGGGCUGUAUCGAUAUCAUCCAACCCGACAUUGCCCACGCUGGUGGUAUCUCCGAGACCAAAAAGAUCUCCAUCAUGGCCGAAGCAUAUGACGUCGGCGUCGCUCCUCACUGCCCCCUCGGACCACUCGCCUUCGCUGCAUCCCUCCAUGUUGGCUUCUCCACCCCCAAUUUCGUCGUCUGCGAGAUGUCCUGGAAGAUGCACUACAACGUCGGUGCCGAUCUAUUCACGUAUAUGAAGAAUCCCGAGGUGUUCAAAGUACAGAACGGGAGCGUGGGGUUGUUGACUGCGCCAGGGUUGGGUAUUGAGCUGGAUGAGGAGAUGAUUAGGAAGGAGGCGAAGGUGGCGGAGAGGCUGGAGCCUUGGAUCAACCCGUUGUUCCGAGGUCCGGACGGGGCUAUUCGGGAGUGGUAG